AUGCCAAAGAUAAAAGAUUCAACACUUCAUAUUCCACAAUCACUCGAUUACAAUGACGCUGAUGUUGAAAACAACGAUAAUGAAGACGAUUUAAGCGAUGAAGAAUAUGAAUCGGAAAGAUUAAACAGGAUUGAAGAUAAUUUACCAAAUUUAACACAAAUAUUAAUAGUAGCUCGUCUCAUUGGCAAACGUGAAUUUGUGUUAAGUCGAAAUGGCACAAAACAGUUUUAUAAUAAAAUACGACAAUACCAAGAAUUAUCGAAGCUUGAAAACUCAGAUGAUGUUAAUUAUAGUUCACGUGUGGCUAAAUCAGCAGAAAUUUUAUGCAAACUUGCUGCAAUUUGUGAAAUUGUUAAAAUUACAAUGCAAAUAUUAAAAAUUCUUCAAGAUCAAAACCAACUUAAAUAUGAUGAUACUAGCUUUAGUUUUAUUCGUAAUGCAACGGAAAUAAUCGAAAAUAAAUAUUCAUCUCAAACUAUAGUUUUGGAAAUUCAAUCAUAG